AUCCGUAGCCUAUACUCUGAUUACCCUAAAUCAGUAAUUGAUCCUGAAAAAUCAUUCCUUUUUGGACCAGCGAUGUUUGAAGCAUUCUUCCACUUUGAUUUCUACAAGUAGACGAGGGGAAGGUUGAGAAGGGAGAAUGGGAAGAGAGGACUUGGAGCCGUGUGGAACACUGCCGAUGUUCAAGCAGGCGAAACAAUUGCGGUGUUUGGCAUGGGAGCUGUCGGUUUGGCGGUAGUGGAAGGUGCACGAACUAGAGGUGCAUCAAAGAUUAUUGCAGUUGACAUCAACUCUGAGAAGCGCAUCAAAGGUGAAGCUAUUGGAAUCACAGACUUUAUAAACCCGAAGGAAAUUGAUAUACCCGUUCACCAGAAAAUUAGGGAAAUGACAGAUGGAGGCGUCCAUUAUAGCUUUGAGUGUGCUGGAAAUGCGGACGUCCUCAGGGAGGCAUUUUUGUCAACUCACGACGGUUGGGGAUUGACGGUGAUUUUGGGGGUCCAUCCUAGUCCGAGGUUGCUCCCGCUACACCCGAUGGAGUUGUUUGACGGGCGGAGAAUUGUGGCAUCCGUCUUCGGGGACUUCAAAGGGAAAUCACAACUCCCUCACUUUGUGAAACAGUAUUGUAUGCAAGGAGGGAUUGUGAAGUUGGACGAGUUUAUAAGUCAUGAAAUGCAUUUUUCCCGCAUCAAUGAAGCCUUCGACCUCCUCCUCCAAGGCAAGUCAUUGAGAUGUCUUCUUCAUUUCUAACCUCAUCUUGUUUCAUAAUAAGGAAUAUGUUCUAAAGAACAAAAUAAAAAGGAAUAACCAGGGUUGGUGAUACCUCAUACUCAAUGUGUUUUAUAGAGUUACAAACUUUGGUAUUUCUCAUACAAGUCUGUACUCUGUGGUAAUAGUUUUAUCUUCGAACAUACUCCAUAUACGUGUAAAACUUGUGUGAGGCAUGUGAAUACUUUAUACGAAUAAUUAAUAAUUACAGUAAAAACUAUGUCCCCAU